AUGUCAGAACCCAACUAUCUUGUGUCUCGCAUUUUUAAAGCACGGUACUUCCCUAACAAGUCUUGCCUUACAGCAACCAUUGGUCACAAUCCAAGUUAUGUGUGGCGAAGCAUUCUCCGAGCUCGCUUUAUUGUUCCUGGCGGAGCACCUUGGAGUAUUGGUUCAGGUAACAAUAUUCCUAUCCUUAAUGAACCUUGGAUGUGUCAUGGUGACAAUAUCGAUGAAAAUGUAGCAGGAGCACAAUUUGUUAGGUAUACUUCUAUUAAUAGUCUUAUGGAUCCAAAUGCGAAGCGGUGGAAUGAACCUGUGGUUCGGCAGGUUUUUAGUGACAACAUUGCAGCACAGAUUUUAAAUACUCCUCUAUUUGAUCAAGUGCAGCAAGAUCGUUUGAUUUGGAAAGCUGAAAAACACGGUCAUUACUCGGUUCGUAGUGCUUACCGGUUAUGUGUGAACGAACUCAUUGAUGUGUCACAUCUUCGCAGGCCGGGAAAUUGGUCUAGAAUUUGGAGAUUCAAAGUCCCACCAAAAGUGAAGAACUUGGAAGAUUUUGCUCACCUGUUCUUUUCAUAUCCCUUUGCGAUUCAAGUAUGGACAAGGGCCGGUUUAUGGACUGAUAUUGAUUUUUCUGUUACUACUGCUCAUACGGCUGAAGAGACUAUUUUUUUACUUCUGCAGAAUCUCUCUACUGUGCAGGCAAAACAUAUGGUUAUGCUAUUAUGGAGUUUAUGGAAACGCUGUAAUUUAAAGGUUUGGGAGGAUGUUACGAAGUCAUGUGCAGCAGUGAUUGAAAGAGCUAAAGUUAUGCUAGAUGAUUGGGAGUUCGCUAACAGUUUCCGAACAGAUAUGCAGCCCACAACUCAACCUGCACCACACGGUCUACAUCAACAGGCUGCUGCUGUGAACAGUUCAGCUGCUGUUCUUGCGGCAUCUGCUACUGCUGAACCGCAACAGAUCAAUUGGCAGCCCCCUGCGAGUGGUCGUUUGAAAUGUAACGUUGACGCGGCUUUUUCUAUCCCCUAUAACCGCACCGGUGUUGGCAUUUGCUUGCGAGACGACGAAGGGACUUUUGUCCUUGCCAAAACUGUGAACUUUGAAGGUGGCUACUCUGUUGAGGUGGGAGAAGCUUUAGGUUUGUUCCAUGCUAUUCAAUGGGUGAGUGAUAUGCAAAUGGACAACAUUGAUUUUGAAGUAGAUUCAAAAAUCACGAAAGAUGCUUUUACCGCUAGACGAGAUGAUAUAUCUGAAUUUAGGCACAUUGUUGAAGCGUCUCGUUCUAUGUUUCAUUCCAAAUUUUCUAACUCUCGGGUGGAGUUUGUUAGGCGACAAGCCAAUGUGGUAGCUCACACUGUCCCUAGAGAGGCCACAUUAUUAGCUAGUGCCGUAGUUUAUUAUCCUAUACCCAAUUGUAUUGAAUCUUCGAUUGUAAAUGAAAUGCUAUAA